AUGUCCUUAUGGGUAGAUAAGUACCGUCCAAAGUCUUUAAAAACAUUAUCACAUAGCAGCGAUUUGACAGAGCUGCUAACUUCGUUGUCAGAGCAUCCUCGUGAUUUACCUCAUCUCUUACUGUAUGGUCCAAAUGGUAGUGGUAAGAAAACUAGAUGUAUGGCUUUAUUAGAGUCCAUCUUUGGUCCAGGUGUCUAUAGACUGAAAAUUGAUAUUAGACAGUUUGUGACUGCCUCUAAUAGGAAGUUGGAAUUGAAUGUCGUUAGUUCACCUUACCAUAUAGAGAUUACUCCAAGUGAUAUGGGUAAUAAUGAUAGAAUUGUCAUCCAAGAACUGUUGAAAGAGAUUGCACAGAUGGAACAGGUUGAUUUCGAAAAUUCCAAGGAAGGUUUAGCACAUAGAUACAAGUGUGUAAUUAUCAAUGAGGCAAACUCAUUGAGUAGAGAUGCUCAGGCAGCAUUAAGACGUACGAUGGAAAAAUAUUCGAAAAAUAUCAGAUUGAUCAUGUUAUGUGACUCAAUGUCUUCCAUCAUCGCUCCAAUCAAGUCGCGUUGCUUACUUAUACGUUGUCCUGCACCUGCUAACGACGAACUUGUCAGUAUUUUGAGCAGGAUUGUUACUGAAGAGAAUGUUCAAUUGGAAUCUGGCGUAAUCUUGAAUAAUAUUGCAAAAGAAGCAAAUGGAAACCUUAGGGUAGCUACAUUGAUGCUUGAAUCUAUGGCAUUGAGUAACGAAAUGCAGUUGAAAACGAGUACAACAAUAAUCAAGCCAGAUUGGAUUGUUGUUGUCACAAGUAUGGCCAAUAAAAUUCAGAGGGAAAGAACUGUCGGUUGUCUAGUUGAAUGUCGUGCAGUAUUAUACGAUUUACUUUCUCAUUGCAUUCCAGCUAAAACAAUUUUGCAGGAGUUGACAUUUGCGUUAGUAAAUAGUCCCAUACCAGGCAUCAUAACCCAAAACAAGAUGAUCAAAAUUAUUGAUUUGGCAAGCACAUUCGAUGAAAGAUUGUCCCUGGGAAAUAAAGCAAUCUUCCACUUGGAAGGAUUCAUAGCCAAAUGUAUGGUUGCUAUCGACAGUGAUAUAUAG